UGGACUUUUCAGAUUACUGUGAUGUUGAAAGUGGAAAUUCGCAACGAUAAUUCAGCGUAUUACAAGGGCUUCAUUGUAGCGAUUAAAGAUGACACAGCCAAAGUCAAAUAUGAAAGCAGCACACAAGAACAUGUAGUUCCUUUCAAUUACCUCCGUGAGCCAAGUGAAACGUCUAACCUUGACAUUGGCUUGCUUCAACUGCAGGAGGAGUUGGAAGUUUUUGUAACAACUAGAGACAAUGAACCGGCAGCUUGGUGGCGAGCGAGGGUCAAAAAGAAAGGAGACACAUGGAUUCAAGUGGAUGUGUUGCUCCCUGAUGGACAAACAACACCGGAAGUUGUCAGCAAUGGAACCUUCAGAAGACCCAGCAAAAAACCACCCCUGACGAAAGACAGCUUCCAAGUGUUUGAAUUUCCAUGUGAUGACAACCGGAUUCUUGAGUUAUAUCAGGAACAUUGUUCACUGGAACCUUUGACAGCGAAGGACGAGGCCAACCACACCGACUUCUGUGCUCUAGUGGGACCAUGUCUCGUGCUCCCCGCAAACGACACUCUCCUCGCAAUAUCUUUAGACCCUACGGUGCACAAGAAAAUCAACCUUUUAUUCGAGACACACUUCCGCUUCUUGAGGGCCAGAAGUGAACUGUUCGCAGACAUAGAGCGCGCAAACCACAAGCUAGAACAAACGAAGCUGUGUGGCUCUAGUGGUAUCACAGAGACAUUCACAAUCAAGCAGGAGUUUGUGGGCCUGGCCAUAGGGGGCAGGGGGGUGAAUAUCAGUGCAGCCAGGGACAUACCUGGAGUGUCCACAGUCGAGUUACAUCAGCAGAGUGGAGAUCCAAAUGUGUAUGAAGUCGUCAUCAACGGAGAGAGCGAGGCUUCAAUCAAGAAAGCAAGGGCAAUGUUGGAGUUUGUGGAGGAGCCAGUGAUGGUGCCGGAGGAGCUCAUCUCCAGGGUAAUCGGGAGGAAUGGACGCAUGUUGCAGGAGAUAGUGGACAAGACACAGGUCAUCAAGAUCAGAAUUGAAGAUGGAGCUCCUCCCCCUCCUCCGAAUCCAAAUGCUACGCCAGGGGAGCUAGAUGCUCCGCAAGAACACAUGGUUCCGCUGUGGUGCAUUGGAAGUAGAGAAGCGUUCGAACUUGCCAAGAUGAUGAUCGAGUACAAAAUCAAAACCCUGAAAGACCUCGAAUCGGUCAAGGAUGAACGAGACAAACUGAACAACCAGCUGCAGAACCAGGGAGUCGCGGCUGUUAGUCGACUUGGUCCCCCAUUCAGAGGAGGAGGAUACGGAAGACCAAGGGGAGAACGAGGAGGGGGUGGCUAUUCUAGAGGUGGGCCUAGGGGAGGCGCCAUGCCCAUCCGGGGACAGCCCUUCAGAGGCGGUGGAAGAGGUGGGAAUGGCGGUGGAAUGGGAAUGAGGGGAGGGGGACCACCACCCAAUAUGCGAGGGGGCAGGGGAGGACCUCCACGAAGGUCUGCAUCCGAUUCAAGAGAGCCGAUUGGGAAUACAGAGAUAGAUCAGCAUGAUGACCGACCUCCUAGAGGACGCGGAGGAGGAGGAGGAUUCAGGGCAAGAGGAGGCAGGGGAAGGGGAGGUGGAGGGAGUCAGUUCGACACGGGACGUCUAGGCGGAAGAGUUUCAGGAGACGUAGGUGCUGACGGCGACAAACGCAACAACAACAACAGAGCGUCGACGAAUGGACCUCAAGAUCGAGUUGGAGCCGAAGGUGGUAACGUGCAAUCGGGAGGGGUUAAUGGAGCAUCUGGGGGCGCCGGAGAAACUCCAGCGACGUCGUCGUCAUCGCGAAACGCAACCAGCGGGGGCAGUGGGGGUGGAAAUCAAAGGAGAUCGAAUAACGGACCUCAUUCGAAAGGCGGCGACGGAGGUAAUUCGAGUCAACAAGGUGCUAAGCCGCAAAGAAACAGACAUGGGAGUGGGGAAGCUGGAAAGAAGAGAACACAUGAUGGUGACGAAGAUUCAUCCCAUUUGAACGGAAAUGACGGAGGUCAUGACAAAGGGUCACUUCCCAACGGAAAUAUUACUGGAAAAGCCCCAGUAAACGGAGUUAAAGCUUAAAUAUCCUAGUCGUUGUGAAUACACGAAACAAAACACGAAGUCAGUCGAGACAAGACAAAGAAUUUGACUGGUUGAAAGAUCGAAACUUGCAAAAAUCUGGAAUCGAAGAUCAUACGAGACUAAAAAUGUUCAUACGAGACUAAAAAUGUUCAUACGAUUAAAAAUAGCUGGUAAAUUUAGAAUCGAAAUUACUACUUAAAAGUUACACGGUGAAAAACGAUACCGUUUGCAAAUUAGCGACCUGAUUUCAACAAAGCUCAUAAUCUGUAUCAUGAUGUUUUACUAUUUAUUAAGUAUAUACUAUUUGUUAAGUAGUGCAUUGUUAUAAUCCUAAACGCCUUGCCAUUAAAUGCGUAGCAAUGCAUUACAAAUAUGAAUUAAAGUCGUCCAAUUUUAUAAGUCGUUUUGAAAUUCCAUCUUAAUUUUUCAGUAUUGUGCCUUAGAAGUUUGCAUCAAAACACCCGUUCAUUCGCUUAUUUUCGUUGCCAUUAAAUUGUUGAAUUGAUUUGUUGAAAUUGCUGUUAAAUGAGUUUUAUAACAUAAAAAUGUGAUCUUUGAUGUAAGUUUAAGUUAGUCUUGAAAAAAAAUGGGAGAACGUUUGAUAAAAUGGAAAUCGAGUUAAUUUAGUGCUUGUCGUUUUUGGUUAACAAACGUUGUUUAGCGCAGUUUCGUUGGAUUGCGUUAUUGAUUGAUUUAACAGAUUGAAUUAUUAUACAAAUCACAAUUAACACUCAA